CCACACUCUCUCACCGCCCACAAAAACCAAACAGAGCACUCUCAAAGCUUCACCAAGUCCCCAAAUCACGCAGAGAAAACCCUAAUUUUCCAUGGCGAAGGACGUGGAGGUGCAGGAAUCCGCUCCCGAGUUCACGGCGAAGGACUACACAGACCCGCCGCCGGCGCCGCUGAUCGACCCGGAGGAGCUGACGAAGUGGUCCUUCUACAGAGCCCUGAUCGCCGAGUUCAUCGCGACCUUGCUCUUCCUCUACGUCACCGUUUUGACCGUCAUCGGCUACAAGGUCCAGUCCGACACCAAAGCCGGCGGCGACGACUGCGGCGGCGUCGGCAUCCUCGGAAUCGCUUGGGCCUUCGGCGGCAUGAUCUUCAUCCUCGUAUACUGCACCGCCGGAAUCUCCGGAGGACACAUAAACCCGGCGGUCACGUUUGGGCUGUUUUUGGCUCGCAAAGUGUCGCUGGUGAGAGCGUUGUUGUACAUGGUUGCUCAGUGCCUUGGCGCCAUCUGCGGUUGCGGUUUGGUCAAAGCUUUCCAAAAAUCGUACUACAACAGGUACGGUGGUGGAGCAAACGUUUUGGCCUCCGGUUACAACAAAGGAACCGGGCUCGGAGCAGAAAUCAUCGGAACGUUCGUUCUCGUCUACACCGUCUUCGCCGCCACCGACCCCAAGAGGAACGCUCGCGAUUCUCACGUCCCCGUUUUGGCGCCACUUCCGAUCGGAUUUGCGGUUUUUAUGGUUCACUUGGCAACGAUUCCGAUAACCGGAACCGGUAUAAACCCGGCCAGGAGUUUCGGAGCCGCCGUGAUCUACAACCAGGACAAGGCUUGGGACGACCACUGGCUUUUCUGGGUGGGACCAUUCAUUGGAGCACUAGCGGCGGCCGUUUACCAUCAAUACGUUCUCAGAGCGGCUGCGAUUAAGGCACUUGGAUCCUUCAGGAGCAACGCUUAAAUCUUUUUUUUAAUUAAUUAUUAAGCUCCCUUAAUUAAUUAAAAAAAUCCCGAUUCUGAAUAAAUCGGUUCACAAGUUCGUGUUUGUUUCGUGUAUUGAAAUGUAAAUAAAGGGGCAAAAAAAAUAUGGAUGGUUUUUUUUUUUUUUGAGUUUGGUUGUAUGUAUCCGUGUUUGUGUUUGUCAGCUUUGUCU